UCUUUUUACUUGUUCAGCCUCAGUCGUCAACAUUGGUAUAUCUGAAGAAAUCAAGAGGAGCAAGAAAACUGAAAUAUGUCUUGCUGCUGCUGCUGUGAUGAUUGUGAAUGCAGGCCCUUAGGCUUCCUGUUGGGUCUGCCCUUCGCCUUCCUAUCCCUCCUCAUCUCCAUAGUCGGCAUAUUCGUCUGGAUUGUAGGGUUGGUGUUGACUUGCAUCUGCCCAUGCUGCUUGUGCGUAACCUUCAUAGUUGAGUUUGCACUAGGUUUGAUCAAGGCUCCCAUUCUGGUCAUGAAGUGGUUCACCUCUAAGAUCCCUUGUUAGUAAUAGAUUAUUUAUACUACUAGUUGAUUUUAGAACAUGAGUUCUUUUUCUUGAUUUGUUCAAUCUUGAUUUUGAUGUUGAUUCUAAGUACAAAAAUAUUUCAUUAAGGAACAUUGGAAUACAAUUUUGUUAUUUCUUAAGGUUAAAGGAGAAGUAAUUGGUUAUUGGGCAAAAUUGAAGUCUGUCUAAGUUCCUCAUAACUUACUAUGGGCUCUUCUUUCCAAAGCCUAACAAUGUAAAAUAGCAAAACUAGUUAGACAAGAAUUUGGUUUCACUGAUAUCGCAAUUUUUU